GCUGGAGCCUGGCUGGCUGGCUGCCGUUUAUGACAGGGCGUCGGUUCGGGAAGCCUUCGGUUCGUCGCCGGCGAGAGGGAGGCGAGGGAAGGGGAAGGGAGCAUGGCGGCCUCGGCGUCGGAGAAAAGCAGCAAGAAGAAGACGGAGAAGAAACUCGCCGCCCGGGAAGAAGCCAAAUUGCUGGCCAGCUUCAUGGGGGUCAUGAACACCAUGAGGAAGCAAAAAACACUCUGUGAUGUCAUUCUCAUGGUCCAGGAAAGGAAGAUCCCAGCUCAUCGUGUUGUACUUGCUUCAGCAAGUCACUUCUUUAACUUGAUGUUUACCACAAAUAUGAUUGAAUCAAAGUCUUAUGAAGUGGAGUUAAAAGAUGCAGAGCCAGAUAUUAUUGAGCAGCUUGUGGAGUUUGCUUAUACUGCAAGAAUUUCCGUAAACAGCAACAAUGUCCAGUCAUUGUUAGAUGCUGCAAAUCAAUAUCAAAUUGAACCUGUGAAAAAAAUGUGUGUGGACUUCUUAAAAGAGCAAGUUGAUGCUUCAAAUUGUCUUGGUAUAAGUGUGUUAGCGGAGUGCCUUGACUGCCCAGAGCUCAAGGCUACUGCAGAUGACUUUAUCCACCAGCAUUUCACAGAGGUUUACAAGACAGACGAGUUUCUGCAGCUAGAUGUUAAACGUGUAACACAUCUCCUGAAUCAAGACACGCUAACUGUAAGAGCAGAAGAUCAGGUUUAUGAUGCUGCCGUCAGGUGGCUGAAAUAUGAUGAGCCAAACCGACAGCCUUACAUGGUUGACAUUCUUGCUAAAGUCAGGUUUCCUUUAAUUUCAAAGAAUUUCCUCAGUAAAACAGUACAAGCUGAGCCACUUAUCCAGGACAACCCUGAGUGCCUCAAAAUGGUUAUCAGUGGCAUGAGAUACCAUCUGCUUUCUCCAGAGGACAGAGAAGAGUUGGUGGAUGGCACUCGCCCGCGAAGAAAAAAGCACGAUUACCGCAUUGCCUUGUUUGGUGGCUCACAGCCACAGUCGUGUCGGUAUUUUAAUCCAAAGGAUUACAGCUGGACAGACAUCCGAUGUCCCUUUGAAAAGCGGAGGGAUGCAGCUUGUGUUUUCUGGGACAACGUGGUUUAUAUUUUGGGCGGCUCCCAACUUUUCCCUAUAAAGCGAAUGGACUGUUACAAUGUUGUGAAAGACAGCUGGUAUUCCAAGCUGGGGCCUCCAACACCUCGGGAUAGCCUUGCAGCUUGUGCAGCAGAGGGUAAAAUAUAUACAUCUGGUGGUUCUGAAGUAGGAAAUUCUGCAUUAUAUUUGUUUGAAUGUUAUGAUACCAGAACAGAAAGUUGGCACACAAAGCCCAGUAUGCUGACUCAGCGAUGCAGUCAUGGGAUGGUGGAGGCAAAUGGUCUCAUAUAUGUAUGCGGAGGAAGUUUAGGAAACAAUGUUUCUGGAAGAGUCUUGAAUUCCUGUGAAGUUUAUGAUCCAGCAACAGAAACGUGGACAGAGCUGUGUCCGAUGCUUGAAGCCCGAAAAAAUCAUGGACUUGUGUUUGUGAAAGACAAAAUAUUUGCCGUUGGGGGACAGAAUGGCUUAGGUGGCUUAGACAAUGUGGAAUAUUAUGACAUUAAAGUGAAUGAGUGGAAGAUGGUUUCGCCCAUGCCAUGGAAAGGUGUGACUGUAAAAUGUGCUGCUGUGGGUUCCAUAGUUUAUGUCUUAGCAGGCUUUCAGGGUGUAGGUCGUUUGGGGCACAUCCUUGAAUAUAAUACUGAAACUGAUAAAUGGAUAGCCAACUCUAAAGUUCGUGCUUUCCCAGUGACCAGCUGUUUAAUCUGUGUAGUUGAUACUUGUGGAGCAAAUGAGGAGACACUAGAAACAUGAAGAUUUCAGGAUUGCUACUUGUGAUGCUUCUGCAUUUCAAUUUCAUCUUGUCAAGAUGUCGGUACUACAGAAUUUUUUUGGAUGAAAUCCUUCACUUUAUCUCCACUAUGUGUAUAAGGUGGAUUUGCUUGUCAAAGUUUUAUUUUUUGGAAGUAACUCAAGAAUCUACAACCCUACAUUGAAGACACAUGAAGUUUCCUUAAGAUGCAUGUGUGCAGUUUUGCCACAAA